AUUUGGCUUGGCGCAGAAUAUCUCUCAAUUUACACCUUUCAAUUUCAUUCCCCGCGAUAACUAUUUGCUUCAUCGCCAUCGGUUUGUCUGUUCGGUUUUGGUCCGAGAGCUGCAGCGGGUGGCGGCAACCAUGGCUAGAACAGCUUGCUUUCACAUUAUUCCUUCUCUUCUUCUCCCCUCCAAAUCCUCCUUCUUCGGAACUCCCUCACUCUUCUCCAGAGCUUCUCAUUUCGACCGUGUUAUGGUGGUUGGCCGACGCUUCUCUUCUUCUUCCAAGAUCAGCAUGAGCCUCAGAGCCGGAAUUGUUGGCCUCCCCAAUGUUGGAAAAUCCACUCUCUUCAAUGCCGUCGUCGAAAAUGGCAGGGCCCAAGCUGCCAACUUUCCUUUCUGUACAAUAGAGCCAAAUGUAGGAGUAGUUGCAGUUCCAGAUCCCCGUCUCCAUAAACUUUCUGAGCUCAGCAAGUCUCAGCGAGCGGUCCCAGCAUCGAUAGAAUUUGUAGAUAUUGCUGGGUUAGUGAAAGGAGCCAGUCAAGGAGAGGGAUUGGGAAAUAAAUUUUUAUCCCAUAUUCGCGAGGUGGACUCCAUACUUCAGGUUGUGCGCUGUUUUGAAGACAAUGACAUUGUUCAUGUCAAUGGGAAAAUUGAUCCAAAAACUGAUAUCGAUGUGAUUAACUUAGAGCUUGUUUUUUCAGAUCUGGACCAGAUUGAGAAAAGAUUAGAGAAGCUCAAGAAAGGCAAGGCAAGGGAUUCACAGUCUAAAGUCAAGGAAGAAGCCGAGAAAUCUGCAUUGGAAAAAAUUCAGACGGUCCUUAUGGAUGGGAAACCAGCCCGAUCAGUAACUUUAACAGAUUUUGAAAAGGAUGCUAUAAAGCAUCUUUGCCUGCUCACAAUGAAACCGGUCAUAUAUGUGGCCAAUGUUGCAGAAUCUGAUCUAGCGGAGCCUGCAAGUAAUCCUCAUGUUGAAGAAGUUAUGAGUCUUGCUUCAGAGUUGCAAUCUGGAAUAGUGACAGUUUCUGCACAGGUUGAGUCUGAGCUUUCUGAACUUCCGUCAGAAGAAAGGGUCGAAUAUUUAAAAUCUCUUGGUGUAAGUGAAAGUGGCCUGGGAAAUCUUAUAAGGGCAACCUAUAACCUUUUGGGACUCCGUACGUAUUUUACUUCGGGUGAAAAGGAAACAAAAGCCUGGACCAUACUAUCAGGAAUGACUGCACCACAAGCUGCUGGAGUCAUUCACUCGGACUUUGAGAGAGGGUUCAUUCGCGCAGAGACGGUGGCUUAUGACGAUUUUGUUGCUGCGGGUUCAUUUGCUGCAGCAAGGGAGAAAGGACUUUUGAGAGCUGAGGGUAAAGAAUAUAUUGUGCAGGAAGGGGAUGUCAUGCUCUUUCGUUUCAAUGUUUAGCAGCUGCUGAGUUUGACCAAGUUGUCCAAGAAGCAGAAAAUAUAGUGGCGUUUUUUCUAUGCAAGGUUGAAGAUUUGAAGUUAAUUUAUCAUUUGAUGCUUUUGGGAAUUCUCAUUGUUUGGGUUCGUCUUUUGUUGGUCAAUGGGAGCCAAGUAUGAGUUGACAAUUUUGAAUGUAGAGUGCAUAGUUUAUUGCACGAACAGAUAUAAAUAGGCUACGAAAGGCAGAAUUACACACAUAAAAAAGGUAGGGAGAGUGGUUGGUACCUGGUGAUGGGAAGGGGAUCUGUAACUUUUAGUAUUGACUCAAGAUUUAUGUACGAACACUAAAGUUCCUUCUUCCA